AUGGCAGUUUCGGCUCCGACAACAGUUCCCGGUCCUGAAACAGGGAAGAAGAAGAAGUCGAAGAAGAAGAAGGCAAAGGCGUCGGAAAAAGUUGAGAACACGGGAGAAUCGGUACCCACCGCCCCCGCGCACUCGUCCGUUCCCGUUGCCAAGUCUCAAAGUCGGGCCCUAUCCCGCCCGCCCAAUCCAGAUUCGCUAGAAGAGAACUGGGUCACGGUGGUUAGGAAGGGACGCCCGCUCCGAGAGACGGAAGCCCCGAAUACACCACCGUGGCAUAUUGAGGCGGCUGCUCUGGCGGACAUCUACUGGAAGAGGGAUCGUUCCAGAAAAUCGGGACACGAGCCGACCUAUGAAGAGAUGGAAUCGUGGCGCACAGAAGGCCGUGAGGCCAUACUAAACAGAUGGCGCGAAGAACUCGCUGGCGCUCGCUAUGGAAGAUGGACACUAGAUGCUAUCAUGCCAGUGUUCAAAGAAUGGACUGAAAGGCGGUGGGGGACUCUGUCCUACCAUCUGACACAAGGGCUCACCGGGCACGGAUGCUUCGGCUCCUAUCUUCACAAGAUUGCCCGCAGAGAGCCCACCCCCACCUGCCAUCACUGCGGAUGUGCCAACGACACACCACAGCACACAUUAUUCGACUGCCCGGCAUGGAAUGACCAUAGAGAUACCAUGCUGCGGCUUACCGGACUUGACAAUCACGGAAAUGGCGCCCUCAAUUUGUCCCUACUCGUCAGGAGCAUGCUCUCUGAUGAAGCGAAAUGGCAGGCUAUUCAUGUAUUCUGUCAGUUUGUUUUAGGGUCAAAAGAAGAGGCAGAGCGGGCUCGGGAAAUAGAACCUGGGGCCCCUCAGAUGAGAAGAAGAAGAACAGGCAGGCGAAGGCGCGACUUUGUACGUGCUCCGCCACCCUUAUCGGCAGAUAAGAAGAAAGAAGGAGAAAGAAUAGGAAAGGACUUACCUAUUGCUAUAGCGGCUCCGGAACCGGCUACUGCUCCCGGUCCGGAAACACAAAGGAAGAAAAAGAGUAAGUCUAAAAAGAAGAAAGGAAAGGCACCGGAGAGGGUUGAACAUGCGGUUGAGUCGGCUUCCACCGCCCCCGCGAACUCGUCCGUCCCCGUUGCCAAGUCUCAAAGUCGGGCCCCAUCUCGUCCGCCAAACCCAGAUUCUCUUGAAGAGAACUGGGUCACGGUGGUAAAGAAGGGACGCCCGCUCCGAGAGAAUCAAGGACAACCACAACCAAAGAAGGCCACAUGGGACUCUCAGCGGGGAACCAUGUUGAGAAUUACCGGACUAGACAGACCAAGACGUAACCCCCUUAGUUUACAGGACCUGGUUCAGAGCAUGGCCUUCGACGAAUCCAAGUGGAAAGCUGUCCAGGCGUUCUGCGAGGAGGUACUCAAGGCCAAGGAGGAUACUGAGCGGGCCCGGGAAAUAGAACCGGGGGCUACGCUCCAGAGAAGAAGAAGAACAGGGAGGCGCAGACGCAAUUAUGCGAAUGCGCCCGAAGUAGGUCAAGAAGGUGAGCUGCGCGCUAUGCGCUGCGGCAAAGCACUUGGCAAAAGGGGGUCUGGACAAGGUUUCAACUGA